AUGUCACAACGAAGAUCCUAUAAAGGCAAGAGGGUAAAUGGCGCCUCAAAUAAUAGCUUGUCGUUGUCGCCUCAAUUACAGAGCUUAAGUGAAAUGUUCCCUGAUUGGGAGGCCGAGGAUCUAUCAACCUUAUUGAGCGAACACAAGAAUGAUGUUGAGAUAGUGAUCGACUUGAUUGUCAAUAACAAAGUUGCAAAGUGGGAGCCUAUUAAGAAAGAGGUGAAACCUAGAAAGAAAGAUGAUCAUCAUGACCAUGCACCAUCUACAAAUAAUCCACAGCAUCAUGAACUGAUUUCGAGACCUAAUAAACACCAGAAAGAAAAGCCAAAGAUUGAUAAAAAAAGAGAGAAGAGGGGUGCUCAAAUAUCCAAGAAAGAAACACACCUGGCUCAACCAGUUAACUCAAGCACUUCAAAUCUGGGUGGCCAAAAGACCUCUGCCUCGAAGACUGAGCCUGCUAAAGCUGACGGCAGAAAGAGUUCGAGCUCAUGGGCCGCUGCAUUGAGCAAGGAUUCCAGACCUAAAACCAAAUCAGGUGUAACUCAGCUCACCAAGGGCCCUGAGGAGGAGAAGGAGGAAGUGAAAACCCAGGAUCCAGUUCAGGAAGUUUCUCGCGAUAGUCAUUUGGAAGAAGAUGACACCAACAAGCAGGUAUCUGAUCAACAAACCUCUUGGGCAUCUGCAAUCAAGCCUAAGUCAAAGACACCUAAAGUGGAAUCCACUGAAGCACCACUGCAUGACCAAGCCAAUGAUGUGCCGAUCGCCGACGAUGAGGCUCAAAGUCAAUUUGUCACGAAUGACGUUGUCGAGCAAGCUGCGCCCGUAAUCGCUUAUGAUUCCCAAGCAACACAAAUCUCGCCUUCGGCGGUCAAAGAAUCGGAAGUUGUAUUGCCACAAGAGGUCAGUAAUGUCGGUGUUUCGUUUGGCUCCUUAUCAUUGAACGAAAAAAAUGCUGCCAUAGAGGAGGUUGAGCGUCAACGUGCCACCAAACCCCCUUCAUCCGCCCCUGCUAUAUCUCAUCAACCAACCUCAGAAGGCACUUUCCAAACUUCCGGAGGUGAUAUCGAUAAGUUCAGCACCUCGCAGACACAAGAACCUCAGAGCGCCCAGCAACUUCAACAUUCCAACGAUCAACAACAUGACCAACAACUUCAUCUGAAAACAGCGCACCCUCAGGAUGGUUAUCUGAUGCGCCAGGAAUUCCACAAGGGAGCUCCACAAGUUCCAGAAUACUACGCUCAGUACCAACAAAUCCAGCAGCUGUUUCCACAACUGGCUGGUGCUGCCAGUUUGCCUGGUCAAUUUGGUUACCCGGGAUACGACUAUGCCGGGGCCUUCGGUCAAGCUGGAUUAGGGUCAGUGUCACCAGCGUAUUACCAUAACUCUAUUGGAAACGCGAGUCAAGUGAAAAGUGGCCCUCAAGGUGGCAGCGCCAAUGCUGAGGUUAGCCUGUCUCCGCUAGUUCCAGGAACAAAUAUCGCUCAACAACAUUUGCAUAGUUCUCAACAGACUCAGCAAGUGCCUGGAUCGGCUCCCUUCGGAUUUCCUAAUUACUAUUACAAUUACUUUAAUACGCCUUAUUACGGGAAUGGAGCUGGUAUCAAUAACGCUGCCGGUGGAUUUGGAAUGCAGCAGCAGGUAAGUGAUGCAUCCUCUGCCGGUCACCACUCAAGUGGAGCUGAAGGUGAUGCGCCACAACAUCAAGACGCACAUGCUGCUCAAGCAGCAAAUCAAAGUUACGGUCAGUACUACGGAACUCCAACACAAUAUGGCUCUAGAGCAGGAAUUCCUUUGUAUCCAUCGUCGCAACCAUUCCCUCAGAGUGUUGUGCAAGUUGGUGAGGGUGACCAACAACAACAUCCUCAGGUGCAACAGCCACAACAACAGCCACAACAGCAGCAGCAGCAGCAACAACAACAGCAGCAGCAGCAGCCCCCCACUCAGCAGGGUCAGAACAGGCAACAGGGGAGUCAGGCACAAGGUGGCCCUGUCCCAAAUGCUGUUCCAACAUUCCCACAACAAAUGCCCCAAUACGCAAACUUCCAACAGUAUCACCAGUACGGUAACUUCCAGGAAAACAACCAAUACCGAGUGUCUACCGAGAAGAAGAAGUCAUCGAGAAAGAAGAAGGAUCCAAAUGCUCCAAAGAGAUCAUUGUCUGCUUACAUGUUUUUCGCAAAUGAAAAUAGAGACAUUGUGAGGGCUGAAAACCCUGGUAUCACCUUUGGUCAGGUCGGCAAGAUGCUUGGUGACAAGUGGAAGGCAAUGACGCCAACUGAUAAGGAGCCAUACGAGAGCAAGGCUGCUGCUGACAAGAAGAGAUAUGAGAAGGAGAAGGCCGAAUACGCCAAGAGGCAAUAG